AUGCUUUGUUUUAAAAUCAUUAUUGUAGGUGAUACUAGUAUUAAAUUAUGGUCAUAUCGAUUAGAUGUUGGAAAAAGUUGCUUGCUAUUGUAGUUUACAGAUCUCAGAUUCAAAAAUACUCAUGAUGCUACAAUUGGUAUAGGGUUUGGCUCUCGGGAGAUAAGAGUUAUGGAUCAAAAUGUGAAUCUGCAUAUUUGGGACACUGCAGGAUAAGAAUCAUUUCGUUCUCUAACUCGUUCAUUCUAUAGGGGGUAUGAUGCAAUAAAUUUUAAGAGCAAUUGGAGGCAUUCUUGUCUUUGAUGUUACAAGCAGAUAAUCAUUCUAAGGAUUGGUUUAAUGGUAUGAGAAAAUAUAAAGUUACGCUUGCGAUGAGAUUGAACUGAUUAUAGUAGGAAAUAAAACAGACCUUGAAGAAUAGUAUAUAUUGAUUAAGUAUCUAAGGCGUCAAGUGUCAUAAAAGGAGGGAAUGCAGUUUGCAAAAUAGUAUAAUUUUGAGUAUUACGAGACUUCUGCAAAAAGUGGACUAAACGUGAAUUAGGUAUUUGAAAAUUUGAGUUGUAAAAUACUAUAAAAGGUAAAUUCUGGAGAGAUUGAUCCUUGCAAAGUAGAUUUUGAAUAUUUAUAAUUAGAAUUAUGGAAUUCAAAUAAGUAAAAAAGUGAAAUAGGCAAAUUAGGAAUGCAAAAUCCAAAAUACUAAAUAAAAAAACAAUACUUGUUGCUGA